AAAUCGUACGGUCCAGGAAUGCCCUUUCGUUCACUACCAAAGCUCCACUCCGUCUCUGAGUUUUGCGUAAACAAUGGAGCACAAGCUCAACAUGAGCUGACGCCACAUUUUCUCGAGAAAAUGAAAGAAACUAAGGGAAAGUGAGCUUUAUCAAACUUCUAUGUCACUCCAUGCUCUUUUUUAUAUAUUUGCUUGUAUAAAACCAUACAAAAAACACUGAAUCAUUUAGAUUUGCUAGUUUGUAGAGUUGCAAAGUUCAGAUUGUUGAGUAACUCAAACAAGUCUUUAAAGAAGUUGAAAAAGCGGAGAGCUAAAAGUCGGAAAACUUCUUACUACAGACCUAUGCAUUCGCCCUUCCAAUUUGGUUGGAAGACUUAGAUGGAUGUUCCUCCUCCGGAAACAAUUAGAAACAUCCAAAUUGAUCAACACCCAUUGCUAAUGGAGCAGCUGCAUAGCCAUAAUGAGUGGGAGCAUAUAAUUGAUAUAACAAGAAAUGACGAUUCUUCAUCUAGCUCAUCUCAUGAUGAACAACCACACAGAAUGGACUUACAUCAGCAUGAAGAAAGAUCAUCGAGCAGCAGUAGAGCCCCCACUUAUCAUAAUUCUUCUUCUUCAUCCACAAAUAGAUCAAACUCAAGGAAUUCCUCAUUCAUAAGGAGAGGUGAUGGAUAUGGUCGUCGUGGUAGAAGCCCAUUGAAUUCAGGGCUAUGGAUAUCUGUUGAGUUAGUCGUCACUGUGAGUCAGAUUAUAGCAUCAAUUGUUGUAUUGUCAUUGUCAAGAAAUGAAAAUCCUCAAACUCCAUUGUUUGUGUGGGUUGUGGGUUAUACAUCUGGUUGUGUUGCAAUGCUUCCUAUUCUUUACUGGCGUUUUCGUAAUCGACACCGGGGAAUUGACCAAGACUCCACACAACCACAUCAAGGCUUGUCGCAGGGCAAUCUUCCUGAACUUACUACAUAUACAGCUAUUUCAGUUCCUCAAGCUUCAGACGAGGAAAAUAAUCACACCACAGAAACAGUAAAUACUAAUGGUCAAAAUGCUGUAAACUUCACCACACGACUGAAUGGAUUAGUGGACCAUUUUAAGAUGGCCCUAGAUUGCUUCUUUGCAGUAUGGUUUGUUGUUGGCAAUGUAUGGAUUUUUGGAGGUCAUUCCACUCCCUCUGAUGCUCCCAAAUUGUACAGGUUAUGUAUAGUGUUCCUUACCUUUAGCUGUAUUGGAUAUGCCAUGCCAUUCAUAUUAUGUGCAACAAUUUGUUGCUGCUUACCUUGCAUAAUUUCUGUCCUGGGCAUUCGGGAAGAUUUUUCUCAAACUCGAGGAGCCACUGUGGAAUCCAUUAAUGCUUUGCCAACAUUCAAGUUCAAGUCAAAGACAAGCGGAAAUGCUAAUGAUCAAGACAACACAGGAGUAUGUGAAGGUGGGGUCUUAGGUGCAGGGACGGAAAAAGAGCGUAUGAUAUCUGGGGAAGAUGCGGUUUGUUGUAUUUGUCUGGCAAAGUAUUUGGAUAAUGACGAGCUUAGGGAACUAUCUUGUUUUCAUGUAUUCCAUGUCGAUUGUGUUGAUAAAUGGUUAAAAAUUAAUGCAUCGUGCCCUCUUUGUAAAAGUGAGGUUGGGGAGAGUAGUAGUAGUACUUCACCAUUAGCAAGGGACUCUAGUCAGCACUGAAUGGAGAGACGGGAUAUACAUGGACUGAAGAUGAUGUUUUAUUUAUGGAGCAGUGUCUUUAUGAUUCAGUUCUCGGCCCUUUCUGGUGUUGCAAGCUUUGGUUAAUUAUUUCAAAUGUAAAGGUCCUCAGCGGUUCAAUUUUGUUCUGCAAAGUUAAUGUCAAACUGUUGCACUUUUUAAAGCUAUCUAUGAUUUGUAAUGCUAAAAUACAAAGAGUUCGAUCA